AUGCAACUGCUUCUACAAACAUUUGUGAAAGAAUGGGUCGCUCUCAGGAGCUCAGUGAAUUCAAGCCGAGUACCGUGAUAGGUUGCCACCUGUGCAAUAAGUCCAUCCGUGAAAUCUCCUUGCUACUAAAUCCUCCACAGUCAACUGUUACUGGUAUUAUAACAAAGUGGCAGCAACUGGGAACAAAAGCAACUCAGCCACAAAGUGAGCGGAGUCAGCACAUGCUGAAGCACAAAGUGCGCAGAAGUCACCGUCUUCAGAGUCAAUAGCUAAAGACCUCCAAACAACGAGUGGCCUUCAGAUUAUCACAACAACAGUGCAUAGAGAGCUUCAUGGAAUGG